ACAAUUGACAACACACAGAAUUUCUUGUGUUCGUUUGAUAAACAUUGAGUUUUGCAUAGAACGGAGCCAAAAAUAUGGAACAUGAUUAGAACAGUCAUGUAAUUCUAUUUGAACAAUAUGUUUUUUCCUCGAUUAAAACGAUAUUUCUUGUAUGCAACUAUUAUCAUAUCGUUUGUAUUGAUAUCUAUCAAUGAAUUUUUUAUCUAUUCGCUGCAUCGACUAAGUUGGAGCUCAAUACGAUGUCGAACAGUCAACUGCACGACGAUAUUAUUUGUAUCCGAUCCGCAAUUGCUUGGCGAAACGUUCGAUACAAGUUUCUACAGUGGAAUUGCAAACCAUGAUUCGGAUCAAUAUUUACGAAAAACAUAUGCGCGGGCCUAUGCUUAUGCAAAGCCCGAUGUUGUUUGUUUUCUUGGCGAUUUGUUGGAUGAAGGCAGCAUUGCGGCCGAACCAGCGUACCAGCGUUAUUUAGAUCGUUUUAAAAAUGUGUUCAAAACAAGUGCCAGUAUUAAAAAAUUUUACAUUCCUGGAGAUAAUGACAUCGGAGGCGAAGGUUCUGAUUAUGCAACAGCAUUUAAAACGAAUCGCUUUCAUCGUAGCUUCAAUGAGACCAGCAAGCUAGUGAUCAACAAUCGAUUACGUUUGCUCAACAUCAAUUUGCUUACGCAUACCUAUCCAGAUCUCAACGAAACAUAUUCAACACCAGCAUCACACAAAUUGCUGAAUAUCGUACUAACACACCUAUCAGUUUUGUCAUAUCCGGGGCUUACAAUGAAAACGAUAAUAGAUCAAUUCAAGCCCAACAUAAUAUUUUCGGGUCAUUCACACUUAUCUCGGGUAAUCACAUAUCCUCCACAGAAUAUCGCAAAUCUAGUCGAUUACAGCGUAGUCAAAGUGAAUUUGAACAAUUUUAAUGUGGCUGAACAUCAUCGAAACUUCACAGAAAUCGCAGUGCCAGCAUCAAGCUAUCGAAUGGGAGUGGACAAUAUUGGAUAUGGAUACGCUGUAAUAGAUGGUGAUGAAUUACAGUACACUGUCCUCUGGUCACCGGAUCGUUUCCAAUGCUUAUAUGCCUAUGUCAUUUGGCUUGCUUUGAUGUCGUUAGCGUUUUUAGUAUGGAUUCUUCGUAAUUGUUCGCUGUGCCACCGUCGGGUGACGUAUCGAUUUCGAUUAAUGAUUGCAACCGACAAAUUUUAAUUCAUUCCCAACGAUUCGGCAACUAAAAUCGUAUUUCAAUAAUCAUAAUUCAAAGACAACUAAAUAUCUCUUAACAAUUUCGCUGCAUGUAUUUCAGAAAAAAAAAAUAUUUUCCGACUCAAACGCUUGUUAGAAGAAUUGUACAAAAAGAAAACUUAUUAACCAUUUAUUCCGUCUAUUCGAAAUACUUAAAAUUGUAUGCUUUUCAUACCUAUAUAUAUAUAUAAAAAAAUAUAUAUUGAACGAAUCUCCUUUUGAUUAUUUAAUAAAUAAACAAAAAUAAA